UUCCCUCCUCCUCCUCCUGCCGGGCGGGGCGGGGGUCGGCAGUCCCGCCGCGUGGAGCCGAGCUGCGUGUUCCCGAUCCCUUAUCCCCGCUCCCCGACCCCUGUUCCCGGCUCCCUCCGCCGCCCCGAGCCGUGCCCCCGCUGCGGGCCGGCGGCGCGGGGAUGGGCGCGGGGCUGUGAGCGCGGCCGUGAGCCGUGGCCAUGGGGAACAUCUCGUCCAACAUCUCCGCCUUCCAGUCCCUGCACAUCGUCAUGCUGGGCCUGGAUUCGGCGGGCAAGACCACGGUGCUCUACCGCCUCAAGUUCAACGAGUUCGUCAACACCGUGCCCACCAUCGGCUUCAACACGGAGAAGAUCCGGCUCAGCAACGGGACGGCCAAGGGCAUCAGCUGCCACUUCUGGGACGUGGGCGGCCAGGAGAAGCUGCGCCCGCUCUGGAAGUCCUACAGCCGCUGCACCGAUGGCAUCAUCUACGUGGUGGACUCAGUGGACGUGGACCGACUGGAGGAAGCCAAAACGGAGCUGCACAAGGUGACCAAGUUCGCGGAGAACCAGGGCACCCCGCUGCUGGUCAUCGCCAACAAGCAGGACCUGCCCAAAUCGCUGCCGGUGGCCGAGAUCGAGAAGCAGCUGGCCCUCCACGAGCUGACCCCUUCCACCACCUACCACAUCCAGCCGGCCUGCGCCAUCAUCGGCGAGGGGCUGACGGAGGGCAUGGACAAGCUCUACGAGAUGAUCCUCAAGCGCAGGAAGUCCCUCAAGCAGAAGAAGAAGCGGACAGACAAUAGUGGUGAUAACAAAGCGGCUCCCGCCAGCCGAGCCCGGAUCCCGGAGCUCCCCUCUCCCACCGCUCCUGAGGGUCUGAUGCGGACUCCCUUGGGCUGGAAACAUGGAAAAACGGGGUGAAUCCCCCCCUCUGCAUCCUCCGGGACCACCGAGCCUUUGUGUGCCGGGGAACCAACAGGGCAGGACCCUGUUGAAGCGCGUUCGAGCGGAGCCCAGCGUGCUUUUGGAUCUCUAACGUGGGCAUUUUGGGGCGGGGGGGUGUCGAUGCCAGCCCCCCCCAUGCAUUUUGGGGCGGGGGGUUGAUGCUGCCGGGGGGGUGCGGGUGCACCGUGGCUCGGCAAGGUCAGCGGGGAGGGGGCUCGCAGCCCGCAUCCCUGGAUCCCUCCCCCGCGGGUGGCGGUGGGAAGGGGCGUCGAAAGCUUGGAGGGGGGGUUGGACCAGCAGGAAACGUCUUUGGGGGGGCUGGGUGUGAUGGGUAAGGGGACACCCACCCACCCUGGCUGGUGUUUUAGGGUGCGGAGCAAGGACGGGCAGCCUUUGGGGUGGGAGUGGGUGGGGGGGGAUGCGACACCGGGGUGCUGAGCGGCUGCUGAAUGGUGCAGAGAUCGGAGCUCUUUGCUUCAAAAAAAGGGUGGAAAAAGGGAGAAAAAAACCCAACCACCCAAGGGUUUGGGGUGAACGCUGCUGGAAGCGCUGGGGGGGUUGUGCAGGACCCCCAUCUCUCAAAGGAAGGCUCGCUGGUGUCACCUCCUGCAGCAAAGCCCCCCGCAGGUGAGCGUUGUCCCCGCGCACAGGCUGCUCCCAGGUGCGGCUUUGGAGGCCAUCCAAACCAGGGCUUACUCAGUAAAAAAAACCCCCAAAAAAGCAGAGUUUGGGGUUCUGGCCACUGCGCUGCUCUGCAGUGGGGCAGGAGGCCAAGUCGGGGGGGGAGGGUCACGGCAGGGCAGGACGGACGGAUGGAUGGACGGACAGACAGAGAUGGUGAGAGCCUGCAAAAAAUCUCUGCUGGAAAGGGAAGCUGGCGGGGGUGAAGAGACAAGGGGGGGGGGGGGGGGCUGUGGUAGGUUUUUAAUAAAGAUUUAAACCCGAUUAAAAGCCCCUCGCUUCGCCCAGUAGCCACAUGGGCAAGCUCUGCCUGCAGAGCAGCCCGGGCAGGGUCAGGCCUGGCCGCCUCCUCCUGCGGGUGAACAUUUUGGGACCUGCAUGGGGCUGGGCGCCAAAAUCCACUUGCUGUCUGUGCUUCAGCCUGGGAUCCAGCUCUCCGGGGUCCUGGCUUCCCACAGGGCUGAAGCAGGCAGCCCUCAGGGGCCAAAUAUGUUGAAUUUGGAGCCAGGCAGGAUUUUCUGGUGAUUUCACACCAGCAAACCCCUUCCCGGAGCAGCCAAGGGGAAAGCACCGAGCAAACAAAAGCAAAAUGCCCUUGGGGUUUCGGGGAGUUGAUCCUCCCCUUGCAGCGACGAGCACCUUCCAAACAGCGGGGUUUGGGGUUUUUUUUGGGGGGGGCGGGGGGUGGGGAGGGGUUUGUUAGGAAACAAACGCUGCAGCCGAGUUGUGUUUCUUCUCCUCCUCUUGCGGGGUUUGAGCUCCCGGCGCGAGUCCCGACUUGUGUGGGCUGGUCCCACCCGUUCAGGUGGCUCUCUUCCCGCCUCCUCGGGUUUCCCUGCUUUGUCUUCACCUCCAACACUUUGGUACUUGCUGUCAAGUGAGAGAGAGAGAGAGAGAGAGAGAAAAGAAUUAUUUAUUUUUGAUGCCACAGAAGCCACAUGUAUGAACCCUGUUUUGGGAGGGCGCUGUGUUGAGCUCCAGAGGGGCCAGCUUUUAGGAAUGACACGUGCAGGCUGUUCCUGGUGGGUUUUACCUCCUGGCUGGCCUUGGUUUAGCGAAUGCUGGCAUGGAAAGGCUGCUUUGAUGGAGCUGGGUCCUUCCUGGGAGUCUGUCCCAUCCCCUUGGAGAGAUGGCCGAGCCCUGGAAGGUUCGGCUGAGCCGGGUGGGACGCGCUGCCCGCGCCCUCGCCGGCCACUCUGCUUUCUGCAAUAAUUAAAGAGACUUUUCCAACGAGUA